GCAGUUCAAUGAUUAUCAAUUUCAAUAACUUCAUGUUGUAUCCUCCAUGUGGGAAUUUUGAUGGAACGUUAACUUCUCUAAACGUAAAUCACUCACUGCAUUGAUCAUUUCGUGAUGGAGGACGGUGAAGUAGUUGAUGAUCAGAACUCAGGAUGGUUCCAAGUCAAAAAGAAGCAUAGAAAUAUUUCAAAAUUCUCUUUGCAGAGCUGGGUGGGAGGAUUUGCAGGGAAAAAUGCUUCUAACUCUCCUCGCACUCAGCAAUCCAUGAAUAAAACUGAUGACAAUUCACAUAGCAAGCAGAAAACUCAUCUUUUGAGGUCAGGGGAUAAUUUUUUACAGAACCCUGUCCCUGUGAGUGUUAUGAGUUCUCCUUCUGUGUCAAACGAAGAAGAGGGCACAAGCUAUCUUAAUCCAAGUGUGGUUAGACAUAAUACUGAAAGUCAGAAGUCAGCUCCACUUCUUACUCCGGAUUCUCAAGGUGAACUUGAAGAAGUUAGGAAGUUACACCAAACUGAUAAGGCUGACAUAGCCCCGAAAACAAGAUGGGGUGAUUGUGAGGAGGGUGGCUUGGCACUGCCACAUGAAAACUUGAUUGGAGUUGGAAUCAAGUUUGGUAGUAUUGGAGAUGAUAGUUUGCUUAGCCGUAGAAAGCAUGAAAAUAUUUCUGACGCGUUACCUUGUGCUUCAUAUCAAUCCCAAGAAAAAGAGUUGACGGCAACUGAUAUUGAUGCAGAGAUUGUUUCUCAUCAUAUCCCUUCAUUGAGAUGUGAGGAUGAAAUGUUUGGACAGAGUGGUGAAGAUGUUAAGAAUAUAUCUUUUGAACAUUUAAAAAAUCAAGAAAUGAAUGGGGAAACAAUUGUUCCAGAAGAUGAUAAUUUAUAUUGCGAUAAGAAAAAUGAUGAAGUCAAUAAAACAGCAAAUGAUAAGGGCAUUAACAAUGACUUUUUGCCUGCAAAAGAUGCUGCGAUGAUUGCAAAUGAGGCAGAUGCUCCUAUCAAUGUGGUAAGUGAUAUCAAAAUUUCUGAAGUGCCAGAACAAAAUUGCAGCUUAAGCAAAAAAGUUACUGUCCAGGGUACUGAGUCAGAAGAACCUAAAAUUGGCAGUGAUUCUGCAGCUUCUGUUGAAGAGCUUAGGGGUCCACAGGAUGGUAAUUUGGAAAAUGUUGUUUCGAGCUCUCAUAAUAUGGGUGCUCCUGAAGAAGGUGAUUCAAAUGAAAGCAAAGAAAGGUUCAGGCAAAGGCUUUGGUGCUUUCUAUUUGAGAAUCUUAAUAGGUCUGUUGAUGAACUUUAUCUUCUUUGUGAACUAGAAUGUGAUUUGACACAGAUGAAAGAGGCAAUUCUUGUUCUUGAGGAGGCAGCAUCUGAUUUUAGAGAGCUAAUAACCAGAGUUGAGGAAUUUGAAAAGGUUAAAAAGUCUUCACAAAUAAUUGAUGGAGUUCCUGUCAUCUUGAAGAGUGAUCAUCGCAGGCCACAUGCUCUCUCAUGGGAGGUCCGACGGAUGACAACUUCACCACAUAGGGCAGAUAUACUAUCUUCGUCUCUUGAGGCUUUUAGAAAGAUUCAACAAGAGCGUGCUAGCUUACAAUCAGCUAAUAACACAGAAAAUGCCAUGUCUAAAUGUUCAACUUCUGAAUCUGUUUGCAAUGCGAAAAAAUCUAGGAUCAGUGAUGGCACUCACAGUGCCAAAGAUUCAGUGACAAAGUCAAGAAAGCAUAUUGGAUCUUCAGAUGUUAACCAAAGGAAUCUAAAUGAAAAAAAGCAUAAUAUUGAAGGGGGGAAACCCCGUGAUUCAAUCAUGGUGCAAGGUGGAUGUAACAGACCAGAAAGAUUAUUAACUUCGGAUGUUAAUUUAUCUAAACUACCUCCCUCUGAAAAUUCUUCUGCUUUUGCCACCACCAAGGGUAAAAGAGAUCAUCUUGGAUCUGGAGCUGACAAGCUUCUUUCUAAGAAAGAUAAACCACCAACAGAAGUUGUUAAUGAUAAAAACCCCAGAUCCACAGAUAACAUCCGGAGGCAAAUACCACUGCCUGAAAAAGAUAAGGAAAAGAGGAGUACUGCACCGGGAAAGUCCAUGAAUGCUUGGAAGGAGAAGAGGAACUGGGAGGACAUACUUUCAUCUCCAUUUCGUGUCUCUUCACGCACGUCGUAUUCACCAAGCCUGAGCAGGAAAAGUACUGAGCGGGUACGUACUCUGCAUGAUAAACUGAUGUCUCCUGACAAAAAGAAGAAAACCUCUUCAGACUUAAAAAAGGAAGCAGAAGAAAAGCACGCUCGUGCUAUGAGGAUCAGAAGUGAGUUAGAGAAUGAGAGAGUUCAAAAGCUUCAACGUACGUCACAAAAAUUAAAUCGUGUCAAUGAAUGGCAUGCUGUUCGUCAUCUGAAGUUACGGGAGGGCAUGUAUGCCCGCCAUCAACGCAGUGAAUCUCGUCAUGAAGCUUUUCUAGCUCAAGUGGUGAAGAGAGCUGGUGAUGAAAGCAGCAAGGUAAAUGAGGUUCGGUUUAUUACUUCCUUGAAUGAAGAAAAUAAAAAAUUUAUGUUGCGACAGAAACUUCAUGAGUCAGAGUUGAGGAGAGCUGAAAAGCUUCAAGUGAUAAAAUCUAAGCAAAAGGAGGACUUGGCAAGGGAAGAAGCUGUCCUAGAGCGCCGAAAACUCAUUGAGGCUGAAAAGUUACAGCGUCUUGCUGAGAUACAGCGGAAAAAGGAGGAGGCUCAAGUCAGAAGGGAAGAGGAAAGAAAAGCAUCAAGUGCAGCACGGGAAGCAAGAGCUAUUGAACAGCUUCGAAGAAAGGAAGAAAGAGCCAAAGCACAACAAGAGGAAGCUGAACUCUUGGCCCAGAAAUUGGCAGAGAGACUUAAUGAAAGUGAACAACGUCGUAAGAUUUACUUGGAGCAAAUUCGGGAGAGAGCAAAUUUGAGAGAUCAAUCAUCUCCUUUGCUGCGUCGAUCAUUAAAUAAAGAUGGGCAAGGUAGAUCUACACCCACAAACGGCAGUGAUGAUUCUCAAACAAACAUUGCCUCUGGUGUAGGUUCUGGUCUUGGAAUUGGCAAUAUCACAUUGCAACACUCAAUAAAGAGAAGAAUUAAGAAAAUUCGACAAAGGCUUAUGGCUUUGAAGUAUGAGUUUCUUGAGCCCCCUCUUGGUGGUGAAAGUGCUGGCAUUGGAUAUAGAGUAGCAGUGGGUGCUGCUAGGGCAAAAGUUGGCCGGUGGCUUCAAGAACUUCAAAAACUUAGGCAAGCAAGAAAAGAAGGGGCCACAAGUAUAGGGCUAAUAAUUUCAGAAAUGAUCAAGUAUUUGGAGGGAAAGGAUCCUGAGCUCCAGGCAUCUCGUCAAGCUGGUCUACUUGAUUUUAUUGCUUCUGCUCUGCCUGCUUCUCACAUAUCAAAACCUGAAGCAUGCCAGGUUACUCUGCACUUGUUAAAACUUCUGAGAGUCGUACUAUCUGCACCUGCAAAUAGGAGUUAUUUCCUUGCACAGAAUUUUUUGCCCCCAAUCAUCCCGAUGCUGUCAGCAGCUCUUGAGAACUAUAUAAAGAUUGCAGCAUCUUUAAGUAUUCCAGGAAACUUUAGUUUGCCAUCAAAUAAAGCAUCCCAUGAGAACUUCGAAUCAAUUUCUGAAAUAUUAAAUAAUUUUUUGUUGACUGUUACUGCAAUUUUUGGUCAUGUAAGUUCAGAAGAAAGACAGCUUCAGAUGCGGGAUGGCUUGCUGGAGUUACUGAUUUCCUAUCAAGUGAUUCACAGGUUAAGAGAUCUUUUUGCACUUCAUGAUAGGCCUCAGAUGGAAGGGUCAGCUUUUCCUGCCUCUAUUCUCUUAAGUAUACAACUUUUGGUGGUUUUGACUUCCAGACCUAGAAAAAUGAGUUAUAUUGACUGGGAAUCUUCCCCUGUUGCAAUGGAGCAGGAAAUUGGCAGUGAAGGGGCUAAACUUGCUGAUUCUACACAUUCUGUAGUGAAUAACUCCUGGGGAGAUAACAGUCCCUUAUCAGUGAUCAUUGACAGCUCAGUUAUGCCUUUACCUGAUGUCCCUGAGGACAGACCAUUGGAUGAAAUAAUAAAGGUGAACAGGAAUGAUGAAUCUAUGUCUAUCGGCAAGGAUAGUGAAUUGGAGCAUGAUAGUUCUGUUAAGCUGAAAAAUGAUGAUACGGAAAAGAUAGAUGAUCUAGAUGAAUCCAAGAAAAAUCAGAGUGGGGAUAUUGCUAAUUCUUCUGUUCCCCAGAAGGAUGAAAGACAUACGGUGAUAAAUGUUACAGCACAGAAAAAUGAAAAAGUAUCAAUUUUGGCUCAGCCAGUAGUAUUUCUUCUUUCAGCUGUUUCAGAAACAGGAUUGGUCAGUCUCCCUUCUCUUUUGACUGCUGUUCUUCUGCAGGCAAACAAUAGAUCAUCCUCUGAACAGGCUUCAUUUAUCCUUCCGUCUAAUUUUGAAGAGGUGGCAGCUGGGGUACUGAAGGUGCUGAACAAUGUGGCUCUUUUGGAUCUUUUAUUUUUGCAGCGAAUGCUGGCUAGGCCAGAUCUGAAAAUGGAAAUUUUCCAUUUGAUGAGCUUCCUUCUUUCUCAUUGUGCCAGCAGGUGGAAAGCUCCUAAUGAUCAGGUUGGUUCACUUAUGCUUGAAUCUCUAUCUCUUCUCGGUCAUUUUGCAUUGUUUCAUCCUGGGAAUCAAGCUGUCCUUCGAUGGGGAAAGAGUCCCACCAUCCUCCAUAAGGUAUGCGAUCUGCCAUUCGUUUUCUUCAGUGACCCAGAGUUGAUGCCAAUCUUGGCUGGCACAUUAGUUGCUGCAUGCUACGGUUGUGAGCAGAACAAGUUUGUAGUUCAGCAAGAACUGAGUGUUGACAUGCUCCUUUCCUUGCUAAGAUCUUGCAGAAAUGCUGCUCCAGCAACUCAACUUAAUUCAGCCUUGGAUAAUUCUCCAACAGAUGAAUCAAGUGAAUGUAAUCAAUUAGUUACUGAAUUUAGAAAGUCUCAAGUGGACAUUCCUAUUAAAAACAGCCGUUCCAAUGGCAAAGGCACUCGGGCUUCCUUGGGAAAGAGUGGUGCUUUGGGAAACAGCACAAAAAAUGGCAGAAUAAGAAGCAAGGCAACUAAGAAUUCUGAAGAAACGGCUUCUAAGCACAAUCUACCUAUUUCAGAGACCUCACAUUUAAUGUUGCACUGUAGAUUUCCUCACACCUUCAUUGAUAAAGUAGAGCAGUUCUUUUCAGUGGAAAUUGCCAAUGGGGUUGAUGAAGUCUGAGUUCAAACAUUGUAAUCUUAUUUUCAUUGAUAAAUCUAAUGGUCACACGCAUGGCUACUGAAAAUUGUUGCACACUGCUAGUACGGUCACAUGUACAUCCAAAAAGCUGGCUCUGAAGAUUAACCUGUUCGAGUAACAUACCAAAGCUCGUUUCUUGGUCAAAGCCAAAAAUAUUGAACGGUUUGGGAAAUGUACAUAGUACGGGUUGAGCAUUUUUGUUAUAUAUAAAUAAUAGAUAAGUGGCUAGUGACAAUAGCCAUCAGUAACUACCAUUACUGUAAUUGUGGCUAAAUAUGGUGGUAUGGACUUUGUCUGGUGAACUUCAA